AGUGGAGGAGAUGCAAGAAGGCGUAGGAGAGGGAGGAGGGCAGGGUCAGAGGUCAGAGAGCGGAGCGACGAGACGGAGGAGAGGCUGCGGUGGAGACUAAACCAGGUGGAGAAGAACAGACUGGAGCUGAUGUCCACUCACAACCAGGAGAUGUGCAGGCUGCAGGCGGAGCUAACCCGGCUCAGGUCGUCAGUGGAACGUGGUGAAGCUCAGAGGGCGGAGCUUCAGUAUCAGCUGACUGCGAGUCAGCGAGUCGCCGACCGAGCCGUGGAGCUCAGCAGAGACAGACACACACUCACAGAGCGAGCAGCUCAGCUCCAGCAGAAGGUCCAGGAGCUGCAGAAAGUUCUGGACGUCACCCGUCAGGCGCGGGACGAGGACCAGCAUGCUUUGCAGCAGGAAGUGGAGGAACGCGACAAACUGAUCCAGAGUCUGGACUCAGAAAACCAACAACUGCAGCGAAUACUGCAGGAGCAGGAGGAGGCUCUGGAGUCGUCAGAGAUGAGGAUGAGGGAGGUGCAGAGGGAGAGAGAGAAGGAGGCCGAGGUGAAGAGGCGUCAAGAGGACGAGCUGGAACACCUGAGGGAGAGAGAGGAGAGGAGCAGGAGGGAGAAGGAGGUGUCGGAUCAGAGGGUGAGUUCACUGGAGUCGAGCGUGGAGGCCGAGCGCGCGGCUCACCUGGAGUCAAAGUUCAACUCCGAGAUCGUCCAGCUGCGGGUGCGGGACCUGGAGGCGGCGUUGGCGGUAGAGCGGUCCGGCCAGCAGGAGGCGCAGUGCACCCUGGAGCUGCUGAGGGCUCAGUUUAGAGAGGUGGAGAGAGCCUACAGCCUGGAGAGAGAGAGGAGCGACGACACUGAGCGUGCUCUGGAGCGGCUGCAGGCAGAGUAUGGACAGUGUAAGUCUGACCUCAGUGUUGCCUUGGAAACUGAGAGGAAGACAAACUCUGACCUCUCAGAAAAGUUAGAGGAGGAAAGGAAAGGACACAGAGACACACAUGCACUGCUGGAGCAGGCAGCAAAGACUCAGUGUGAUACUGUGGAGCUUCAUGAGAGUUUUGUGCAGCAGGUCAGAGAAACACUGCAACAUCACAGCAUCACAGGCCGUGGAUCUCCUGCAGUGCAUGAUGGGAAGCUGAGUUCUGUUGAAGUGCUGCAGCAGCUGACGAUGACGCUCGUCUCCUCCCAGCGGCGUCUGGACGAGACAGAGAAGCAGAUCCAGGAUCAGCUGUCGGCGUCAGCGAGGCUGCAGGAAGAGAACCAGACGCUCCAUCAGUUGACCUCAGAUCAGAGAGGUCACAUCCAGCGAUGUCAGGAGGCCGCGGUCAGGCUGGAGGACGAGAUGAGCCGCCUUCGACAGGAGAGCUGUGAUUGGUCGACGCAGAGCCGCAGCCUGCGGGGCGAGCUGCAGAAAGAGAGGGAGGAGAGAACGAGGGAGGUGCAGAAGAUGAACGAGGACUUCCAGGAAGAGACUAAGGCCCGUCUGUCCGUCCUCCACGGUUUGUAUCAGCACCUCCUCACCGGUGGCAGCGUCCUCCUCACUCAGCCCCACAGCAUCCUGGGUAAUUUCACCUGGAAGGAGCUGUGCGAUGUCAUCGGUGAACAUGUCGACCGGCUGACCUCUGACCUCCAGAGGGCCCAGGACAAGAUCACAGACCUGCGGGCCGCGUGCGAGAAGAAGAACGCGUGUGUGCGCGAGCUGCAGCGCCAUCAGCAGCGCGCGCUGUCUCGUCUGGAGGACGGCGUGAGGAGCAGGGAGGACGCCUGGAGCGAGCAGCAGCAGCAGCUGCAGAGCGAGCUGCAGGUUUGUCGCUCUCAGUGCGAAUCUCUCCGUGAUAACAUCUCCUCUCUGGAGCGCCAUCGCUCCUCCUUGACCUCUGACCUAUCACGGCUGCGCGGACUCAUCUCUCGCAGCCGCAGGGAGUCGUCCUCCCUCCUGUCCGCCUGCGCUCUGCUGGCUGGGGCGCUGAAACACGCCCAACUCCGCCUCCAAACGCUCUGCGAACAGAAAACUGUCUUGAGUCUGCGUUUGGCGGAGAGGGAGGAGCUGGAGGAGGAGGUGAGGACGCUGGUCGACGCGCUGGGCGCCGAAGACCACGACGAGGAGGAGAGAGUAAAGAGGGCGGCGAGGAGGAGGUGGAGGAGGAGCGUGUGCGCGGUGCUGGCAGUGAGGAGGUGGCGUUCACUGGCGAAAAAUAGCACCGUGAUGUUUCGGCUGGAGGGAGGAGGCAGCGGUUUGGCUGUUUGUGUCUGUGGAGACACAACUACGGCAACACAAAAAGGUCAAAACGACGGCGGCGAAGGUCGUGAAGUCAUGUGUGCUCGGUGGCUUCGCUCUAAACGUCUCUCCUCCACCAUCGUGUCCUCCAUGGCUGACCUACAGGGGGCGCUGGCACACACUGGCUCCGCCCCUCCAGAUGUGACAUCCGCAGCCCGUCUGGGUAUGUCCCGCCUCCUGGAUAACUUCCUCGACCAAUCGCAAAUGUCGUCGGGCGAAGCAGGCGGGGUCUCGCUGAGCCAGCGGCUGCAAUUGACGCCUUCACGAUCCAACAUGAAGGCCCUAGUGUCCACCCUCCAGCAGCACUUCCUGCUUUUCAGCCAACGCCUACACUCGGCCGAGGUGGAGAGGCGGAGUCUGAGGCUGGAGGCGUCCAACCUGAGGAGAGGACUGAGACAGGAGAAAGACGAGCCCGGCAGGACGGUCCCGGCCGAGCGUUUCCAGCGCGUGUGUUCAGAACUCCGCGAGGCUCUGAACAGAGAACAGGAAGCUCAGACGCUGAUCGGCGAGCAGACCGAGCGUCUCCGCGCGCUGCAGCUGCACGCGGACGAACAGACGGACGCGCGGCGAGCGCUCACUCACGCCACACAGGCGCUGUCUGAGGCUCGGCAGGAAGUGAGUCGUAAGGAGCGCUCGCUAAGGAUUCUGGGUAAACACCUGCUGGCCGUUCAGAGGGAGAGGAAACAGCGGGAGAAGAGGACGCAGGUGACCGGCGUCGUCCCGCCUCCACCUGCUUGUCUCUCUGAGGAGGGGGAGGAGUCAAAUCAACCUGGACGGCGUCUGAAGCAGCCGGAGUCGACGCGGACCCGGGCCGAGGAUAAACGCGAGGAUAAUCCCAAGACAAAAGAAGCUCCAGGCUGCGAGCGACACAACGGGACGCUUAAUCUCCGAACUGAACAAGACGUGACGACUGAGCGGCUCGAUCGCGAUGUUAGGACACAAAAACACAGGUGUCCGCUCGUUGGUACGGUGGCCCUGAGGUGUCAAAACACAGCACAAGGAAAAACAGGCGUGGCAACCGUUCAGUCCGUGUGAAGACGAAAAACAAGAUGUCACGUAGAUAAAAACAAAGUUAAACUGUGAGCAAAUCUACUGACGCUACCGCCAACGAAUAAAAACCAGACGUAAAAUGUGAGGGGGCGGGACAAACUUCUGAGGUACAGAGGUCAGUUAAUCUACUUGGAGGAGGACACGCAAGGAAAGCGGCAGAAAUUACUACGACAUGUGGAAUUUCUCGUACGAUGUUACGCAAAAACCAUGUGGAGACAACCACGACAAAGCUGAAGACACAUUUGGAAGCGAGUCACCCAGAAACCCAUGCGUAGUCCGACUAAGACAGACAAUCGGACAACUUGCCGAGUC